AUGACGCUUCGCACUGUUUUCGUUGGCGCUUUGUGCGCUGGCUUGGCCACUGCAGUUCGGUAUAACGAUAAUCAAGUUGCUCUUACGAAAGACGGUGAAGAAGCUGCCAAGAACUUCCCCGAAGUCAAGCAGAUCGACCUUCAGUCGCCUGCUUUCCUUGACCCCAAGAGUAUCCCCGCUGGCUUUGGAAAUGGCACGAGCGGACCAACAAGCGACGCUACAUUGAACUACUUCCUCGAGAGUCUUGCAUCUCGCAAUGACUGGUUGACAUACAACAACCCACCCUUCAAAUCCGACGAAGGACGCUCAAUUCCCUAUGUUUACUUGUCUACGUCAUCGCAGCCUGAGAUCAAGGCCAAUUCCUCUUCAUCCGAGAAGCUUCGCGUCUACCUUCAAGGUGGCGUCCAUGGAAACGAACCUGGGGGCGACCAAGCUCUACUCGCGCUGCUCGGCAAAUUUGACGCGAACUCAACCUGGGCAGCGUCAAUCCUUGAGAAAAUGGACAUCAUGAUCCUGCCCCGCUACAAUCCCGAUGGUGUCGCGUACUUCCAGCGCUUUCUGGCGACGGGGUACGACCCCAACAGAGAUCACAUCCGUUUCGCAAGCCAACAAACUCGUGAGGUCAAGGCGCUAAUUGUUGAUUUUGCUCCUCAUAUCAUGGUGGACGCUCAUGAAUACAGCGCCAAUCGCGCUUAUGGCCUCAAAGAUCAGUGGGCGCAAGCCGUGGAUGGUCAAUUUGAUCCUAUGAAGAACCUGAACAUUCACAAGGACAUUCGGGAAUACUCCGAGGAGGUUUUCGUGCCCAGAAUUGCCGGGGCGAUGGAUAAGCUGAAUCUGCGCUGGAGUCCUUAUAUCACCGGAAAUGCCAGAGAAGAACCUUUGGUGUUUACUCAGCUUGAUACUCAAGCACGAGCUGGCGAUGUCUCAUUGGCGCUGACGCAAGUCAUGGUGUUCCUCACUGAGACUCGGGGUAUUGGCCUUGGAAGCCAGCACUUCCAGCGACGCGUUGCUUCAGGAUUAACCAUGAUUGAAGCCAUCGUGCAAACAGCCGCCGACAAAGCUAAAGAGGUGUACGAAGUUGUCGAAGGCGCCCGUCAGAAAUUCAUCGAUGGUGUAGAUGAAGUUGUCGUUACAGAUUCCUUCCAGCCCACCAACCGCACCUGGGAUUUCAUUGACCUCCCAACCGGCAAACUCGUCGAAAUUCCCGUGCAAUUUCUCAGCUCAACACCCGUGAAAUCCAACCUUACCCGCUCCCGCCCCGAAGCGUAUAUCUUCCCGCAAGCAUGGAAAGAAGCCGCCGAUCGUCUUCGCCUCAACGGCGUCACUGUCGAGAAUAUUCGCUCUGAGUUCCGAGGUGAGGUUGAGGCUUAUAAUGUCACGAGCAUUGAGUUGGCUAGUACCGUCUAUCAGGGAACUGUGUUGAACAAGGUUACUACUGAGAUUAAGAAGAAGGAGAUUACUAUGCCGGCGGGAAGCUUCUGGGUUCCGACGAAGCAGGCUGCUGCGGGGUACGCGUUUACUGUUCUUGAGCCUGAGAAUAUCGAUUCGUAUGCCACGUUUAAUAUUCUUCCAGUUAAUGUCGGUGAUGAAUAUCCUGUUUAUAGAGUAUUAGGCUAG